AUGGCCGACUCAAAUACCUCGAAAUCUGUCGCGCCGCCAGCCAGCCGCAGCAACCGGCCCAUGAGCGAAGCGCUCCUCAAUGAAAAGGUGAAGACGGCAAUGCAGCAAGCAACAAUGUCCGCUUGCUGCAACUGGCCUUGCAACGAGCUCUGUGCUAAUGUCUGCUUCUCCUAGUGGGACCACUGCCUCAGCACACUCUUGAUCCGCAGCACCCUCGGAGCCUCUUUCGGCGUCAUCUUCUCCGUCCUCCUGUUCAAGCGAAGGUCGUGGCCGGUAUGGGCAGGUCUGGGCUUUGGUGCCGGAAGAGCGUGGGAAGAAUGCGACAGCGUACGUUGAGAUUGCGCAACAUGGCAGAGAUUAGGAUUGGCGUUGAGCGCAACACUGACACAACAUCAUACAGAGCUUCAAGCGCGCAACAGCACCUUCCAGGGACGGACUUCGCGUCCUCAGGCCUUGA